CUGAAACUCCCUACAAGCAGCAUGUGAGAUCCGAGGCAGUGACAGAAACAACAACUCCAUAGUAACGUGCACGGCAGACUGCGGUGAUCCCUGGCCUCACAGGGCAGCUUUCCUCCGGUAUCAGCGCUAUUGGCUGGGCCUGUACUGCAGGUUUUUCAGCUUCACGAAGCCUAGAAAAUGAGUUCUCUGCAAAAAGAAACAUGGGAAACCGCUGAUGGUUCUACUCUAACAGAGGAACAGAUAGAGAUACUUGAGUAUAAUUUCAACAAUGUGAGUCGGCAGCCAGAUGAAACUACCCUAAUGCUGAUUGCGGCAGAAGCAGGCCUCACCGAGGAGGAGACAGUUAAAUGGUUUAAAGUACGGUUAUCCAAAUGGAGGAAGUCCGAGGGUCUCCCGGUGGAAUGUGGAUCAGUCAUGGACUAAAUGGAGUUUGUCGUCAAACGUUUUAGACCAUACCUUUAAAAUGCAUUUUAUUUUUAUGUAAAGAUUAGCGCUGUGUAAAACCAACCAUGUAUUUAGUUGUCUGUUUACCAUACGUACAUACUGUACAGUAUAUAGAUAUCAUUAUGGUUUUUUUAUGUUUAUACAAAUGUAAUAUAUUUAAAACAGCAUGUCUUAAAUGUGACAUGGCUCAAAUAAAUAGUGCAAAAUAUAUAUAUACAUAACAGAUAAUACUUCAAUGAAAUAAUAUAUAAAUAUUAAAUCAAAUAUUUAUGUACGAAAUACAUUUACAUCCUUGCACAUAAACUUAUGCUAUUUUAGAAGUUGAAGUGUUACUGUUUGAAGAAUAAAAGUUUACAGAAUAA